GUUGUCACAUUGGUUGUUUAUCUGUAUCUGGCCAUCCUCGUAUUAUCACAACAGUUCGCCGAUCCGGCAAAGGUUCUCCAAGAAUACGACAAAGAAUUGCUCAGUCUGCAAAGCGCUUGCAACAGCACAGCCAACGCGUUCUGUGGUACAGCAUUUCUGACUCCCCCUCCGGCAGAGGUUGGUAAUGUUACUCGACCCGGUAAUUCAACUGCAUUCAUGAAUCAAAACAACGAAAGAUCAGUUAGUUUGCUGUCCGCCCUAUCCGUGUCACCGAACAUCCCCGUGUUUGCCAUCUUAUCUUUGAUUUGCUACGCUGGUUGGCUUCGCGUAGCCGAGUCCCAUGUGUUCCCGUUCGGUGAUGAAGACGAUCACUUUGAAACACUCCCCUUGAUGGACCGUAACUUUAAGACCAGUCUAUGGUUUGUGGAUCACAUGAUCCAACCUGAACAGCUCCCACCUCUGCUGCAAAUGGCUAGUGUGUCAGACCUCGCGCCCAGUAGAGGCAACGGUGAAGCUGUGGUUACUCAAGACUCGUUGAACUUUCUCUCGCCGAAUAUUGUCAACCAAAGAGCGAUGGGUUGGAAGAGAAAAAUAAAACGUCCUACCCAACUGAAAAAUAGUGGGUCAACCGAGUUGCCGGUAAUUGCUAUCACUGCACCGGAUGAUGAGCCGUCAAUUCCGGAACUUCCCUGUCCGUCUGAAUUGCGUCGACGGGUUUCUCGACACUUUUUUGCUGGUUCUAUGACCAGAGUGUACGGCGAUGAGUCGUCCACUACCAACCCGUCCUUAGAUCCGACCACCACCAACAACAAUCUACGUCCGUCUCUGCCCAUAUUCAGUACCAAUGAUUCACUGGCACAGCCUGUGUAUUGGACCGGAUCCAUGGGUAUGUCUUUCCUGGGCGAUACAAACCCACGUGCAUCCAACUCCCGACGAAUGUUCUCCUCCGCCACUACGGCAUCUUCCGAUCCAGAUGGUGAAUCCACGCCCAAUGUUGUUCGUUUAUAA